GUGGAACUGGAUACUGAUUAUGCGAAUCGUACUUGUGGACUUUGUGGAGACUUCAAUGGUGUUCCUGUCAAGAAUGAGUUCAUUCAUAAUGGUCGCAAAAUCAGCCCCAUUGAGUUAGGCAACAAACAUAAAGUCCAUCGUCCAAACGAUGAUUGUGAGGACCCUGAUGAAGAGGACAAUGAAUCAACUGAGGCUGUGCAGGAUUCAUGCAAGGAGUUUCGAACGACCUGCAGCCAGAUGCUGAGUUCACAGCCGUGGAGCUCCUGCACCAGUCUGAUUAGCCCUGAACCUUACAUCCAGGCCUGUGUGCAGGACAUGUGUGGCUGCACCAACAGCACCAAUGACGUCUGUGUCUGCAGCACACUGUCUGAGUUCUCCCGACAGUGUUCCCAUGCAGGAGGACAGCCUCCCAACUGGAGGACACCUCAGUUCUGUG